AUGGCCGCAGCAUGGGAUAAUGGUACGAUUACCUUUUUCAACAAUCUCGCAAUGUUCUGGGUGUAUGUUGACAUCCUCAAGAGUAGCAUUGAUCUUGUCGAGAACCAUGGUAGUAGCAGAGAUGGUGACAACAACAGUGUAUACGUAAUUGGAACUGAUUGGAUCGAAUUGGAAGGAUGUAUGUUUGUUGCGAAAGAAGUGGAUGACUUCUAUGUCGUCAAGGGUGUCGACACGUUAAGGGGCAUCCCUCGAUUCAUCGAGCAUUUGGCUGAUGUCCGGCAAACAUUUGAACUGAUUGCACAUUGGAAGAAACAUUGUCUAAAAUUGCCAACGGAUCGUUGUACCUGCGCAAAUGAAAAAGAAGCAAAAUCCGGUCCAAAGCGAGACACAACACCUGACCCGAAGAAGCCUUCCCACACGCACACUUUUCACGACACCCGCUAA